AUGGCGCGCGUGGCCAGGCUAAAGUGGAUCUGGCAAGCGCCCCGAAUGGUCCUGGUUGUUGUAGUACUGAACCACCGCACGUCCUUUGCACCUCCAGACGCAGGCGACCUUCAAAGCAUCAGGGUCGUUCAUCACGCUGCUGCUCCUCCUUCUGGUGCCAGCAACUUUGACAAGUUGGUGCGCACGGAGCCGGAUAGGGAGUUCGUUGCCCGAGUUGCUGCAAAGCUGCCCCACUGCGAGCAACGGGCGGUCCUAGAAUUGGGAUUCGGGUCGGGCCAGGAGGCCCUUGAGUUGCGCAAGCAAGCGCCAUGGGUGGAGAUUACUGCCUUGGACCGGCCAGCAGAAUCCUCGAAGCGUUCCUGUCCGAAAUCGUUUGACCGACCCGGCCGGAGGCCAGGCGAGUUGCCUGCGUCUUCCUUCCCAUGCUACGCUCCCAAUCUCCAAAAGCAUAACAUCAAGGUCAUUCCGCACACGUUGCCUGAAACUUUGCCAUUUCCAGAUGGGUCUUUCGAUGUGGUUUUCUCAAGGUUCUCCUUGUACUACUUCCAAGAAGAGGCUCUCGCAAAGCUCCUGACAGACAUUCACAGAGUUUUGCGACCCGAAGGGAGCUUGGUGUUCAUGAUUAAGACCCAAGAGAACCUGAAGAUCUCGAUCGGCAAGGUCCUCUUUCCACGGGCAAAGUGGCAUUCACUCCUGCAGGGUGCCGGUUUCCAUGUCCAGCUGGAAGAGCCAGAAAGGAGGGCGGAAGCGAUGUGGGCUGGUAAGCCUUGGAUCUUUGAGGCUGUACGCCCCAGAGGUCAGCAUCUCAUCUCUGAGAUAGAUGAGCGUGUCGCAUGGCUUGCAGCGACCGCGACCUCUGAUGACUCGUGGGCCGUGUCCGAGAUUCUGGCUCAGCGCAAGCAAGAAUCCGAAGUUUUAUUGCCCCAAUUCCCUUGUGCCCCUGACUACUGA